CUGGCCGCUGAUUGGUCCGUGUCCGCGAGCGAACGGUAGAAACGCAAUUUAAAUCCCGGUUCGAGGAGCAACAGAAGUGACCCGAUAAGUUUACAAGAUAUCGUGAGCAAGGUCCUGUGGUCUGCCAGGAGACUAAAUCUGUUGCGGUAGGGGCAUUCAGAUCAUGUGAGAACCAGCUCCUUCCUGAUGAUGACUGAGGCUCUUGUCCCCCACCCCCUACAACACCCCACUGCUGAGUAUAGAGCAGAAGGGAUCGGUGGACAGUGGGAAAUGUUGAAUGAAAGUUGUGAUCCUGUCACAUUCUGUUCAGGCAAUCCUCUCCGAAUCCUAAACAGAGGGCCGGAGUACUUCCGCAAGCGGGUAUGGAGGGGGCCUCCGACCCUGAGCGCGGUGGAGCGGCUGGAGGCCGAUAAAGUCAAAUACGUGAAGAGCCAGCAACUGGUGGGUGCCCGUCAGGAGCCAGUGAGGCCAGGCAAACCAGUGCCAUGUCCCACGGUCACACACAACCAUGUCAGCCCCAGGAAUCCUGCUGGUGCUGGAGGGGGCUGCAGGGCAGAGAAAGAGAACUCGAGCCUGGAGAUUCUGAGCUGUGAUAUUCCCAGCCCGGCUGGGAAAGGGCCUCAUUCCCAGGGAAAGGCCGUGGGUUCCAGAGUGGGGUACCAGCAAAGCAGCAGCGACCCAGAACGAGGGAGCAACGAUGUGAAGCCUGGUGCCUCAGUGCUGGCUCACCGAGGGGUGGUGAGGAGGGUGGACGUGAGACCCAGUGUUUGCAGGCGUUUCCGGAAGUGGCCAGCUCCUUCUCCAGCCCAGUCACAGCUUUCCCCAAGGAAAGGGUGCUCCGAGCUGACCCUGAGGACCAAGUCCUCACCGCACCGCUCAGCGUUGGAGCUGAGUGACCAACGCUGCCAGGCUCAGGCCGAGCUGGAGCGGUUCUUCAAUUACUGUGGCCUGGAGCCUGAGGACCUGGAAUCUGCAGCGAUGGAGCAAUUGGCCAAGUCUGGCUCAGACAUCCUGUCCCUCAAACUGCAGAGCGUCAGUGCCUGUAGCUCGCAGCACAGUAACACAGCUGGGGAGAGGACAGGAAAGGCCAUCUCAUAUGGAAUCUCCAUCAUUGAACGCAAUGCCAGGAUCAUUAAAUGGCUGUACAGCUGCAGAGAGGCCAGGAACAUGCAAAGCGAGUUACCCGUGCGAGGAGCAGGUGCUGCUGGGUGUUAGGAGUUUACUGUGCCCUUGGCACCACCACCCCCCACCCCCCCCCGACGCUGCGCCCUCGCCUCCCCACGCCCAUCACAUUGUGCCCUUGCCUUCCCCUUGUUUGUGUAUAAUAUCUAUACACAAAGCUACUUGAACAAGAGGACAUCUGAGAAGUGUAGAAUUUACUGAAUCUUAGAGCUUUUUGAAGGGUACAGAAUCAUUGCAGCCAAAAUGAAUUUCAUUGAGUAGCUGUUUGCUGUAGAUUUGCGAAUUGCUUGUUAACGAUGACAAAUGAGCAAGUUAGAUCAAGAGUAGAAGUACAGGAAUUAAAAGGGUUGCUAAGUACAGUUACAGAAAGAUACCCAGUACAGACAUUGGAAAUGGAGACCUGACAGCCUUGUCCCAAUAACAAGCAAAGGAGAAAUUGAGGGUAAACACAGAAAAAAAAUCACACGGGUGGAUAAUCUUGAGACGUGGACUGAGGGAGAUUUGAAGAAAACUGGAGAAGAAGCAAACUGAUGCCAACAGUCCGACUAAGGCCAGGUGACAACGAACAAACGGUCAACCUUCUGCGACAUUGCUGAUUGAGUCUGAACAUAAGGCUGCUUCACUUAAUGGGUUUUUAUUACAUAGAAUGUUCCAGGAUUUGCCCUUCAAAUUCCACAACUGUUUUGUCAAAAUUCUGUCUGUUUUCUGUGAAAAUAAA